GAUUCGUUAACCACUGUGCCACAACGGGAACGCCCUUUUUGGAAAUAUUUAUAUGUUCAUCUUGAUCCCUAUUAACAGUUGUUCUUUGCCUGACUGCACAUUAGAAUCACUUAGUGCUUUAAAAUGCAAUGCUCCCGCCAUACCCUAGAUCAAUUAAAUCAGGAUUUCUGGGGCUGAGACACCGACAUCAAUGUUUUUGAAAGUCCUCAGGUGAUUCCAAGAUGGCAGCCAGCAAAUUGAGAACAGCUUCCUUUUCACUGCCUGAGAGCUUUUAUUUAUUCCUGUGAGUGGUUAGUGACCUGUGAUUUGUAAAACAUUCUAGAUGAAUCACAAAAAGAAGUAGUCAUUGUAAGUUGUCAGAAAGCAGUAGUUGUUCAAGUGAUUAAUAAAGAAAAGAAUCAUGGCUUCUUUAGAGUGGUAAUUCUCAAAACUGAAGGAGUAGUCUGAGUACUUCUAGGAAGAGGAGAAGCCAAAAAGAUUCCUAUGAGUAGCAAAAGAAAAUGGGUUUGAAGCCUAAAAAAACCUGUAUCAAAUCCCAGUGGUGGCAAUUUCACUAUAUGCCACAAUAAAUAACUAGACUUCUCUGAGUCUCAGUUUCUUCAUCUAUAAAAUUGUAUAACACUUUUGUUGUAAGGACAUUAUGAAAUUAAUAUAAACAAGCUAUAUUAGGCAUCUUCUAUAGUUUCUAGGACUGCAGUAGGUGUUCUAUAAAGGUUAUUUCCAAUUUUCCUUCUCUCUCAUCCCUAUGCCUUCCCUAUUCCCUGUUCCUUAUAAUUCAUUAAUUGAGUUUAUUCAAUUUAAAUUAAUCCACCAUUGCUGAGUGGGCCAUUUGAAAUCUGCCCUGUUGAUGCAGCCUGACUGAUACUGUGGUGGACCAGUUUCUGAUGAUUGUCACUCUGGUCCUCAAAACACCUGCCGUCUUGAAGUCAGAUAAAAAUGAGCUGAAACCGUCUUCAGAAUUCCCAAACUUGUUUUCCUAGAACUCUAGUGUCUCAUAAAAUCGUAUUUCAUGCGCCACACACAUAAAAAGCUCUACAGUCCAAAAAAAUAGGGAAGAGUAGUUUACCAUGUUCUUUCUCUUACAGUGAAAAGUAGCAUACUUAAGCUUCAGAGAAGUUCUGCAAUUGAGAUGUGCUUUAAACCAGAAUAUCACAAUUUUAUUUGACCACCCUAUGCCAUGGGGAUAGCCAUUAACAGCUUUAGUGCGCUAAGUCCAAGGGUGUAGCUGAGAAAUACUGUUGAAUGAUAUUGUGGAUGACUAGUCAAUAGCCUGAAAACCAAUUUCAACAACUUUCUCCUCCUUGUCAUUGGAAGGGAGCCCAUCCCCAGCAACCCCAAUCAAGAGAAGAAGCCUAAAAGUUGUGUGUGUUUGGGGAAUGGAGGAAGCUUAAAGUAAAUUCUGAGAUGAAAUGUUAAAAGAGGUUUAAAGUGUUAUCAGGAUUGUGACUACUUCUUAUGUUUCUGGAUUUUCUUUUAAUAAUUUUAAUAUAUUAUCUGUAAACACUGUAUCUACUAUUGUGCCUGGCAAAACAACCUCUCUAUAAGGCAAAACUUAUACAGUGAAUUAACUGUUUUCUCAUUUUUCAGACUAAAAAAUGGGAAAUGAAGAUAGUAUAAAAGAGAAGAUAUAGAAUCUAAAAAGGUGCAGAAUAUCUUUUUCGGAAGUUUCCCCUUUUUUUGUUGAUGAUUGCUCAGCAGUUGGCUGUGAUUUUGGUGUUUUCAUGAGCGGAGGCAUCCAUUUCUGCAGCUAUAUCAAUGUUUUAAAAACACAUAAAAAUGGAUUUCUCAAACUCAUCUUAUCAAAACUCGACCUCGGAAGAACUGUUAAACAGAAUGCCAGCCAAAAUUCUGGUGUCCUUCAUUCUCUCCGGGUUGGCACUGAUGACAACGACCAUCAACUCCCUUGUGAUAGCUGCAAUUAUUGUGACCCGAAAGCUGCACCACCCAGCCAACUACUUAAUUUGCUCCCUUGCAGUCACAGACUUCCUUGUAGCUGUCCUGGUGAUGCCUUUCAGCAUUGUGUAUAUUGUGAGAGAGAGUUGGAUUAUGGGACAAGUGGUCUGCGACAUUUGGCUGAGUGUUGACAUUACAUGCUGCACAUGCUCCAUCUUGCAUCUCUCUGCUAUAGCUUUGGAUCGGUACCGUGCAAUCACAGAUGCUGUUGAGUAUGCCCGGAAAAGAACUCCCAAGCAGGCUGGCAUUAUGAUUACCAUAGUAUGGAUUAUAUCUAUUUUUAUCUCUAUGCCUCCUCUAUUCUGGAGGCACCAAGGAACUAGCCGAGAUGAUGAGUGCAUCAUCAAACACGACCACAUUGUUUCCACUAUUUACUCAACAUUUGGAGCUUUCUAUAUCCCAUUAACUUUAAUUUUGAUCCUCUACUACAAAAUAUAUAAAGCAGCAAAGACAUUGUAUCACAAGAGACAAGCAAGUAGGAUUGCCAAGGAGGAACUGAAUGGCCAAGUUCUUUUGGAGAGUGGUGAGAAAAGCAGUAGACUGGUCUCCACCCCAUACAUGCUAGAAAAGUCUUUAUCUGACCCAUCAACAGACUUUGAUAAAAUUCAUAGCACAGUGAAAAGUCCCAGGUCUGAAUUCAGGCAUGAGAGAUCUUGGAGAAGGCAAAAGAUCUCAGGCACAAGAGAACGCAAAGCAGCCACUACCCUGGGUUUAAUCUUGGGUGCAUUUGUAAUAUGUUGGCUUCCUUUUUUUGUAAAAGAAUUAGUUGUUAAUGUCUGUGAAAAGUGUAAAAUUUCUGAAGAAAUGUCAAAUUUUUUGACAUGGCUUGGAUAUCUCAAUUCCCUCAUAAACCCGAUGAUUUAUACAAUCUUUAAUGAAGACUUCAAGAAAGCAUUCCAAAAACUUGUGCGAUGUCGGUGUUAGUUUAAAGAAAAUUUAUUAUGAAAAGGUUGGGGUUCUUUUGACAUGAAGUAACUAAGUGAAUACUAAAUAAUAAAGCAUUUAAACUUUUAGAAGGAAAUAAUUAAAGCUGCUAAGAUGAUAAUAGUAUAAUUUAUAUUUUAAUAGCAACAUGCAUAUAAAAUGUAUUGAUUUAGAGACUUCCUUUGACCAUCAUCAUAGAUUAUGUAAAAUUAGAAAGUAACUUAUUGUUUAUAAGCAAUAUUUUGCCUAUGCAAUGUCCCUAAAAAGCUAACUGGAAAAAUAAUAAUAUAUAUAUAUAUAUAAUUAAUAACAGUGAUUUUCCAGGUUUUUUUACAACAACUAUAGAAGAAUUUUCAAUUAGGAACAUACCUCCAUCAAAAAUUUCUGUAUAAUCCUAUUGUUUUAUUAUAUGAUUUUCUUAAUUUAUAGAAAAGAUUUAAUUUACCACAAAGCACACAUUUCUCCUACCUAACCACUUUAGUCCUCUCUCCAUCUUACCCUGGGUAUACUGGAGAAGGGAAGGAGCUAGAAAAGAUUCUUACUCAGUAUGACUGGAGGAAAUGUAAAAGCCAGAGGUUAAUAUUGUCUUUGCAUUUAGAGAGUAAUCAUAAAAUGUGUUAGGUACAGCAAAAUAAUUCUGGAUACUGACCCUGUGCAUAUUUAACAUAUUCUUUUUGUUUAAUAUGAAUUCCUAGAAGAAUAUUUUCUUAAUCAUACAUUAUCAACAUUUGAAAUCAAAGCCUUACCCUAAUAGAAAUAACUCAGGGAGGAUCCAGGGGGAGGUGUUCUAAUUUAUUAUGCUUAGGAAUCAAAUUUAAGGCACUAAAUAAGUACCCUAGGUUAGCCGCCAUAAAUGUUAUAUGCUUAUAUUUUUUUAAAUAUGUAUUUCAUUUCUGUUAAUGUUAAUGAGCUCAGUUGCAAACUAAAAUGCCUCUGGAACUUUGCACUUCGGCAGCUCCAUAGCUUCAAUUUAAACAUUAUUUCCCUUUUAUUAGAGAGAAUGUGGUAGGAAUUCUUAGAACUUUCCACUAACUUCAAAACUCAAGUUUUCCAAUUGGUAGAAAUGAACAGGCAAAGAUUCUUAUUAUACUGAUUAUAUAUGUAUAUAUUACAUUUCAUAUAUAUGUGUGUGUGUGUGUGUGUGUGUGUGUGUAUCCGUUAGUCACUCUAAAAGUUCAGUGUGCCAAAGCAAUAAGUUUAUCUUCCAUAUUUAUCUAGGAAUUUGAAAACAGAAUCUUCUAACAAGAUUUCAUUCCAUUUGAACCAUCAAGGUCAUACACCACCUUUUAAGCCUACCAUUAACCAAAAUCAUUUGGAAAACAACACAUCCCUUCUUUUAUUUUAAGCUGCACCUUUAUGAGUAUUCUAAACAUUCUUUCCCAGUGGCAUGCCUAAGAGUACAUUACAUUCAUUUUUUUGUAUCAGUGACACAUUACUCUCAAUCUAAUAUUUACAGAAUUCUAAUUUUAUAUGAGGCAUUAAGAUGUACUAUAUAGAAGAUACAGGAAAUAAUAAAAUACUGUUUCUUCCUUUAACAUGUUACAAUCUAAAAGGUGAAGCAGACAACAAAAAAUGAACACUGUAACAGAGAAAACAGUGACUGGCAUGGAGUUAUAUACUUUGUUAUGAUGACUCAAAGGAAAAACUGAUCAAUUUUCAAAGAAAAAAAACAGGAAAAUUUAAUAAAGAAUAUGUCUAAAAUAGUACUAAAUAAACAGCAUUUGAGCAAGAGAAAUGUAAGAGCAUACUCCCAGUAGUGGUAACAAAGAUUGCAAAUAGUAUCCUACAACUAUUUGGUGAGGCAUGAUCAUGAAAUAACUAUGAAUUUGGCAGCUAUUUAGAACAAUAAAAAAGAUUAAAAGAGAAAUUGGCCAUUUGUGUGGCCAACUUUGAAUGUCAGAAAAGUCUAGGAGUUCCUGUUGUGUUUCAGCGGGUUAAAAACCUGCCAUAAUGUCCCUGAAGAUUCGGUUUGAUCCCUGGCCUUGCUCAGUGAGUUAAGGAUCCAGUGUUGCUGCAAGCUGCAUCAUAGGUCACAGAUGCAGUUCAGAUCCAGCAUUGCUGUGGCCGGGUAUAGGCCAGCAGUCGCAGCUCAUAUUCAACCCCUAGCCUAGGAAAUUCCAUAUGCCCCAGAUGCGGCCACAAAAAGAAAAAAAGUAAAAGAAGUCUAAGGACAGUUUGGUUGUUGUCUGUCAGUAAGUGGUCACUGAUGCUUUUUAGUAGAAAUUUAGAGUAAUUCUAAAAAAAAUUCUGGAUUUGAACAGAGAGAGUUCUGUAAGUAAUAACUUCUAGUUAGAAAGCAAAUCAUUAAUCUGGGCAAGGGUGAUAAAAUCCUGAACUUGAUUCUGGCAUUGGGAAUGUAAAGGAAGAAACAAAGGAGAGAGAGUGCUGAGGUAGAAUCUACAGGUUAGCAAAUAUGUUAGUAAGCAGACAGACAGACAGAGAGACAUGAGUCACUGAGCCAACUUGCUCUCAACUGAAAUGAGGAACUCAAGAGAAGGAGCCUGUUGGUGCAAUGAUGCCUUCUGUUUGGGUACACAAAGGACAUAAAGAUAUCCACCUGGGCAGUUUUAGCCCCCCAAAAACUAACAGAUAGAAGAGACUUAUCUAAGGCUCCUGCCACCACUUGCAUCCUCUUCUCUGUAUUUCCCAGAGCCUUUGUGUUGGUUUGACAGUCCAAAGUCAUUCUCUACUUAUUUCUCUUUUUUCUUCUCACCAUUUGAUUCAAUUUGAUUCUGUGACUUACCUAUCCAAAGGCCUUACUAAAGUUAAAAUAAUAGGUUACAUGAAUUUAUUUAUACCCACCUCAAAAAUUUAUAUAUUUAUAUUAGAGACCUUUAAAAGAUGCAGCCGUCAACCCAAAGGAACAAAUCUCAAGGAGGGUGAGACGCACCCAAAUGCACAUCCUCCCCUCUACUCUGAGUUGGAUUGAAGUUCAAAUCUAGGAAAAUAAUACUUUAAGUGACAGGGAAGUCAAAUUCUUCUUUAGAACUCUGAGGAGAAUCAGGUUUACUAUUUCUGUGUGUAUGAAGCAUUUUUUUUUUUAAUCCAAGGGGGUCACAAUACAUUCAGUAACUAUAGUUUUAUCUAUGUGUUUACCCCACAUGUUGAAGAUAGAUUAUGCCAUUCUUCGUAAAUUAGUAUGAGUUAUUGCUCUUUAAUACCUUUAAAUGGUAGGUAUAUAUGGGCUAAUAAUCUGCAAUUUGUACUUUUUAAAAAAAUUUACAAAGAACAGAUUGCAUAUAACAUGAUAUACUUCCCUGAAUACAUAGGAUUUAUUCUCUCAGUGAAGUCUCCAAGUUAUUAAAAGCUGAAGGUUUCUACAUAAGAAAAUAUAUGUUCACAUCCAUAACAAAUGUAAUAACAUAAUAAUUCAUAUAUUUAACUGAUAAGGUAGAAGAAAAUAAUAUGAAUAUCGUGGAAAGUGGCUAAAUAUUAGAUAAUGAAAGUUAACUUCCUGCUGCAAUUUUAACUAUAUCAGGGCCAGAAAAAUAAGUGGAGGGUUUGUUUUUGCUCUACUUCCUUUAAAUAUUUUCAAAUGAAGGCGGUAUAAAAGGCAAGAUCAAAACACCAAAGAAAGGAAGUCAAACUACUAAAUACUAAGUUUAGUCCAAUACUUAUCAUUUGGCAUAGCUAUGUACAAAUCAUAUUUGAAAAUCCACUUCUGUUUGUGAAACAAUGGUCUUUUUUAUAGGACUGAUGUGAGAAUAUGGAUUGCCCAUCUAAACUGUUUGUUUUGUUUUGUUUCACAUUAGAUCUCAGGGUCAAGUCCAUAGCAUAAAUGGUUUAUCCAGGUACUGGCUGUUGAUGGGUUGGCUCUUAAGUAGGACCAGUUUCCAUUGUGAAUCUCCAAAGCCAGUCUUCCUUUCCCUUUUCUGGUGAACUUGAUUCACUUCCACCCUCACCACUACCCACACCUGGGGCUCUAGGUUAUAAAAGUUCCCUGCUUGCAAAUGAAGAAAAGCUUCUUUUGGACCCACUUGCAAAUUCUUCUAACAGUCCCAAGAUUUAAAAUUUCUUAGCAGAGUAUAAUCCCCAUAUUCUCAGGGCAAUCUUAAACUGGCCCCUCUGUAUCAAAAAGAAAUGGAGAAUUAAUUGGAAGCCAGUUACUAGGAAAUGUGCUGACUUGCUCCACCAAAUAUAAUGAAAGUGGGAGUGGUUAUACUCUUCCUGCUGACAUGCUUUCCUCUACCUCCAGGAGUGAAUAGCUUCUUCAUGAAUUUUUUGACUUACAGUCAGGAAAUAAGGUUUACUGUAUUGUAGUAGAACAGAAACUUGAAGGAUUUUCCUUAAUAUAUCCUAAAUCCUUCAAAGAUAAUCCUGCUCAGUUCAAAGUGUAUCCACAUAAAAUUGUUUCAGAAAAUGUUUCUAAUACCCUCCUAAUAACCAAGAUGCUUAUAUUCAAAUGUUUAUUUUGCCAUAAAAUAUUUUUGAAGACAAGUUAAUAUUUCUGUCAUGAAUAAAGUAAUAUUUUCUUAUGGCAUUGUGACUUUUCAUGAUCUUGAGAAUCAGUAUGCUUUCUCUCAUUAUUUAAAUGAGGAACUUGAGAGAGAUUUUCUAACAUUACAUUGUGUCUGAUUAUUGUUAAAGAAUAUUUUCUCUGCACAAAACAUGAUAGUACUUGAAGUCUACCUGAGUAAAAUUAAAAUUAAAAUUUUUCAAAGAAUUUGCACUCCCUGAUUAGGUCAGAAAUGAUAAAAAUCCUGAGAAAAAGAUUGUAUAAUAUUUUUAUCAACAAUAAAUCUUGUCAAAUUAGCCUUUCAGUAAAGUUUAUGUUUAGUCACAGUUUCAAUUUCUACCAUGGACAGUUUUCAUCUCUGCAAGGACAGUAAAAUGGUUUAUGUAGGCACAGUGAAGUUUGGCAUGUCUUUCUUCCUAUGUUCUCCAAUAACCUUUUCAUUAUAGCCUGUUAAUAUUCCUAAAUUACAUGCAAUGAAUAUUUAUUCCUAAAAAUUAUUAUAUUUUAUUUCAUACACUGCAUCAUUAAUUUUUAUAUAAUUAUAAUUGCAUUAUAUUGCCAGGUCUUGCUGCCUUAGAGUUUUCCCCACCCUAACUCUAUCAAUAAAAAAUUUUUAUUUUAUUACUAAAUUAAAAAUUUACAUUCCCCCAUGCACACACAAACAUUGACCAUUUUCCUCUUUGUGUUAGUUGACUUGGCUAGGAUUUGACUGGAUCUAUGACCUUAACUCUGUGCGUGUACAUGAUUUUGCAAAUGUUAGGAAGGACUGAAUUGGAAAAGUGAAAAGAUCUUCUUAGCAUAGCACACUCUUGAAGAUGAAGGAGAAAGGGGCGGUGGUUUCAGCAGGAAGGAAAGGAGUCAUUCAAAUUUGUGAUUUUUGAAACCAGUGUGCAUAAACAUCACCUGAGAUGCUGGUGACAAAGGCAGAUUCCAAAGACGAAAUCUCUGAGUCCUAAUUGGAGUCCCAGAAUCUGAAUCUUUAGCAGAGUUUUCUGGUUAUGCUAACAAAGGCAAACCUUAGAGCUUUUCUAGAGACCAUUGCUUGAAAGCUCCCAGCUAGCUAGUUAAGCAUUUUGUAGGACAUAGCUAUAGUAACUGAAAAUGAAAUUUCAUCACCAUUUCAUUCCAGUCAAAAAGCAAGAAAACUGCUUUGCUACUACAUGAGAAGUGCCUAAUGCAAAACUGAACAGAAGUAAAGAAUCACAUCCUCAUCAACACUGCCGAGUGGAUUAUAAAACAGUUAAAAGAUUUAAAAUCUAUUCUCAAUCAGUAUGUUAUUUAAAUUUUGUUAGGAUAAAGAAUAAAAGCUUUUCAUCACAUAUGCAGCAACAGUAUUUUUUUCUCUUUUUUUAAAAAAUUUUUAUUAUAGUUGAUUUACAAUCUUCUAUCAAUUUCUGCUAUACAGAAGAGUGGCCCAGCUACACAUAUACAUGCAUUCUUUUUAUCACAUUAUCCUCCAUCCUGUUCCAUCAUAAGUGAUUAGAAGCAACAAUUUAAGAGAGUAAAUAAAUCUAUAGAUGUGAAGUCAAAAAAGGCCAAAAGCAGAGUUCCUGUGGUGGCUCAGUGGUUAACGAACCAGAAUAGGAUCCAUGAGGAUGUGUGUUUGAUCCCUGACCUCAGUCAGUGGGUUAAGGAUCCAGCAUUGCCAUGUGCUGUGGUGUAGGUCACAGACAUAGCUCAGAACCAGUGUUGCUGUAGUUGUAGCUCCAAUUGGACCCCUAGCCUGAGAACCUCCACAUGCCGCAAAUGUGGUCC